GACACAACAGCACACCUGCGCAGUUCACCUCGACCCGUUCGGUGGAACGCCAUAUCUAACCUCUUCCGAAACAACAACCAUCAUCGUAAUACCAAAAGCGCAAAGUGCCAAGCUCCAACAUCAAUCAUCAUGUCUACCGCAGUCAUAAAUGCCGACGACGACCACAUGGAGCCCACGCUCCAGUCGAUUCUCGACCAGCGCUCGCUGCGCUGGAUUUUCGUCGGCGGCAAGGGUGGUGUCGGCAAGACGACAACGUCGUGCAGUCUGGCCAUCCAGCUGGCCAAGGUCCGCCGUUCGGUCUUGCUCAUCUCGACCGACCCCGCCCACAAUCUCAGUGAUGCCUUUAGCCAAAAGUUUGGCAAGGAGGCGCGUCUGAUUGAUGGUUUCGACAACCUGAGCGCUAUGGAGAUUGACCCCAACGGUAGCAUCCAGGAUCUCCUGGCCGGCCAGGGCGAGAAUGAGGGUGCUGGUGAUAUGGGUGGUGUGGGCGGCAUGAUGCAGGAUUUGGCGUUUGCGAUUCCCGGUAUCGAUGAAGCCAUGUCCUUCGCCGAAGUCCUCAAGCAAGUCAAGUCGCUCUCGUACGAGACCAUCAUCUUCGACACGGCGCCGACCGGCCACACGCUGCGCUUCCUGCAGUUUCCCUCGGUCCUCGAGAAGGCUCUGGCCAAGGUCUCGCAGCUGUCUUCGCAAUACGGCCCCUUGCUCAACGGCUUCCUUGGCUCCAACGGCACGCUGCCCAACGGCCAGAACCUGAACGAGAUGAUGGAGAAGCUCGAGACAUUGCGGGCCACCAUUUCAGAGGUGAACACACAGUUCAAGGAUGAGCGCCUGACCACGUUCGUGUGCGUGUGCAUCCCCGAAUUCCUGUCGCUGUACGAGACGGAGCGCAUGAUCCAGGAGCUGGCCAGCUAUGGGAUCGACACCCACAGCAUCGUGGUCAACCAGCUCCUGUUUCCCAAGCCCGGGUCAGACUGCGAGCAGUGCACGGCCCGCAGGAAGAUGCAAAAGAAGUACCUGGAUCAGAUCGAGGAGCUGUACGACGAGUUCAACGUUGUCAAGAUGCCGCUGCUCGUGGAGGAGGUCCGUGGUAAGGAGAAACUGGAGAAGUUUAGCGAAAUGUUGGUUAAGCCGUUUGUGCCGCCACAAUAGGAGGCAUGGUAAUAUAAAAGGUGUGAUAAUGAUAAUUCAAGAACUUUCCCGUCA